AAUGGCGCAAGGGUUUUUAGUUUCUCCUUCCUCUCGUUCCCUAUCUCCUUUGCAGAGCUGAAGAUUUCUGCCAUUUGCCGAGCAUUCGCGCCAAAAAAAUCACCGACCGAUGGAGGACGACGACGCCCGACCCGCCUCCAAGAUUCCCGACAAACAACCCAUCGCCGCUUCCAUCCCCUCGGCGGCGGACCCUGUUAUGAUUCGUACGCCGGCAAGUCCAUCCUCCUCCAGAGCAGCUUAUGCGAGGAGGAACUCCUCCGUCAGUACCAGGCAGAGGCGGAGGCGGAGCUCAUCCGAGACGAUCUCCACCGUCAGGCCCACGACCGCGCCAUGGCCCUCGAGAUCGCGAACCUCGAAGAGGCCGAGUGGAGGAAAAUUGGGGAUAAUCUGAACAGGCCCUACGGUGAGGGCUCUCAUUCGUUAGGUAGCAAUAAUAGUGAUAAUAAUAACGCCAACAAAAGCUUUUGGGUUUAUGUCAAGGGUUUGGCGGAGGGAGUUGCGAGUGGUAUUGGGGUGGCCAUAUGCGAUAGGGACGGUUGUUUGGUGUUUGAGGUGAGCAAAGUUUGCAGGGGGGAAGAUGGGCAAUCCAAUCCUCCAGAGCUUGUCGAUUUCAAAGCUCUGAUUGAAGAGCUCGAUGUGGCAGCGGCCCUCGAUUUGAAGAGGGUUUCCAUUGUUACUGACAACCCUUUGCUCUGUCAAUUAAUCACGGUGAAAAAUUUUCUAGCCAUGGAAAAUGUAGACUCAUUAUAUGACCGGAUAAAUUUUCUCACGAGAAAAUUCACUCAUAUCAGUACAUCUCUUGUGUCCUCUACGCACAUGAAGUUUGUUGUUGAACUUGCCAGAAAUGCAGUUGUUAGCGAGGUCAAUCAUGUUGCUGGAAUUAAUACCAAUGCCGAUAAUCCCACCGAGACAUGUUCUAUUUGUUUCGAGAGUACAUCAACGGAUCAAAUGUUAGAAAUUAAAGGCUGUCUGCAUAGGUACUGUUUUUCGUGCAUGUCGAGUUAUACUCGGUCUAAAUUGAGUCAAGGGUCCUUACCUAAAUGCCCUUUCGAGAAAUGCAAGUCCCGACUGACUCUUUCUAGCUGCAAAAAGUUCCUGAAUCCCGAGUUAUUCGACAUACUAAGCCAACGCGUGAAGGAAGCUUCUAUUCCAACAGCAGAGAGGAUCUAUUGUCCCUAUCCUAAGUGUUCAACGUUGUUAUCGAGGACUCAGCUUCAAGAAUCGACGGGUAGUCAGGAGAGGAAGUGCCCAAAAUGCAGUGGCAUUUUCUGCAUCGACUGUAAAAAUCUUUGGCGUCAGUGUCCUAAAUGCUGCCAUAUGAUUUCGCUUGCUAAAGGAUGCUACCACAUUUACUGCAGAUGUGGACACCAGUUUUGCUAUACAUGUGGGGCAGCAUGGAAGCAGAAGAAAGCGACCUGCAAGUGUCCAGUUUGGGAUCACCGCAAUAUCGAGAAAGCUGAGCAAACUAGACCCAACAACAGAAGAUUAAAAAAUGUUGACGGCCGGGAAAGUUCCUUCUACGACGUCGCUUCACUUCACUUUCGCGCCAAAAACCAGACUUCUUCGAUGGCGGACGACGACUCCGAACUCGCGUUCAAUCUCCAGGUCGAGGAAGCCCUAACCGCCUCAAUCCUCGACGGCGACGCCGCCCCCUCCCCUAAAUCCGCGUCCGUCUCCUACGACGCCGUUUUCGGCCCAGCCCUGUCGGGCCUCCUCCAGGAUGACCACCUCUACGCCUACGAAGAGGAGCUCCUCGGACAAUACGAGGCCGAGGCGGCGGUGAAGCGCCUCCGGGUCGAUCUCAGCCGUCAGAUCCACGACCGCGCCCUGGCCUGCGAGAUCGCGAAUGCGCCGGAGGCGGAGUGGCGGAAGACCGGGAAUCAUCUGAACCGGCCGUACCGUGAGGGAUCCUCGUCGUCCGGUAAUGGUAAGGGUUUCAAUUUUAAGGUCUAUGUAAAGGGUUUGGUGGGGGCAACGGUGGGCGGUGUCGGGGUUGCCAUAUGCGACGCCGAUGACAGUUUGGUGUUCGAGUUGAGUAAGGGUGUCCGCGGGUCUGAGAGGCAAGUCAAUCAAGAGUUUGUUGAGUUUAAAGCUCUGAUUGAAGGGCUUGAUGUUGCCGUGUUACUCGAUUUGAAGAGGAUUUGUGUUGUUACAGACUGCCGUAUGCUCUAUCAAUAUAUCACUGGAAAAAGUAAUCAUGUGACAGCAAAUGUCACCACAUUCAGCCAGCAAAUAGAUGUUCUCCUACGAAAAUUUGCUUAUAUUAGUGCAUCAUUUGUGUCCGGCAGAAGCAUUAAGUUUGCUGUUGAACUUGCACGGAAUGCAGUUGCGUGCCAGGUCAAUCUUUCAGCAGGAAGUAGCAGCAGUGCAGAGAAUCCGAUUGAGAGUUGUGCUAUCUGUUUCGAAUACACAUCUGAAAACCAAAUGUUCACAAUUCCAGAUUGUCUCCAUAGGUACUGUUUUUCAUGCAUGUCGAAGCAUGUGCAAUUUAAGUUGCUUCAAGGCUCCCUUCCUAAAUGCCCUUUCGAGAAAUGUAAAUCAGUAUUGAAACUUGAUGGCUGCAAAAGAUUCCUUACUCCAGAAUUAUUUGAUGUGUUGAGCCAACGCGAGAAGGAAUCUUCUAUUCCUCCAGCCGAGAAGGUUUAUUGUCCCUACCCUAAGUGUUCGGCAUUGUUUUCAAAAACCGAGCUUCGAGGAUCACUACUGGGGGCCACAGAGUGCCCCAAAUGCAGUGGCUUUUUCUGCAUCAAAUGUAAAGUCCCCUGGCAUGAAAAUAUGAGUUGCUUUGAUUUCAAAAGACUAAAUCCCUACCCAGGUAAGGACGAUAAGAAACUGAAGGGUUUGGCUAAUCAGAAAAAUUGGCGUCAGUGUCCUAAAUGCAGCUUUAUGGUUUCACUUUCUGAAGGAUGCUACCAUAUUUAUUGCAGGUGUGGGCACGAGUUCUGCUAUACAUGCGGGGCGGAAUGGAAGAAUAAGAAGGCGAGCUGCAGGUGUCCUAUAUGGGACGAACGCAAUAUUAUACACGAUGAGUAAAAUAUACCUCAAGUGCAAAUUAGGAUCCUUUUGCUCUUAUCAUUAGGGAGAGUUCUGUAAUGGAGAAAAAAUUUCAGCUUUUGCAGUUUCUAUCUUUUGCCAAGUUUUUUCUUGAUUGUUAGUGGUGCCCGGUUGAUGUGACUUUUGGUAAAUGGUUUAUUUUUCAGAUUGUACAGGAUCAGUGGUUAACUGGUUAUCUUUUUGGCCUGGUUGAAACUCAGAAUCUUUUCAUAGAAUCUUUUCAUGUUUCGCAUGCUUCCAUACUCGGUUGAAGUUGCAUACUUUCACUUUUUUAACUCAGAAUCUUUUCAUAGAAUCUUUUCAUGUUUAAUCGACUGGCAUGCUUCCAUACUCGGUUGAAGUUGCAUACUUUCACUUUUUU